UCACCCGUCCUUUUUUGGACGAAGCUUCAAGCUAAGCACCUUGCCUAGCCCAGCAACAAAAUCACCCCACGCAGUUCAAGAACCCAACCUCUAUAAAUACCUCCGAUCUACCACCCAGAGAGCCACAAACAAGAACAAGAUACUCGUAGCAAAGAGCAAGUAGUAGACCAGAGUUCAAACACAAUCAGGAGCCUGUCCAGCUUGCUGAUCGAUCGAGGAAACUAAAAGGCUGUACUGUAUUGGUGUAGAAAGGAACGAAGGUUCGGCAGUCGGCCAUGGUGCUGGGUCUGGGAGGGUGCUGCGGGGGCGUCGCCGUCGCUGCCGCUGCGGUGUCGCCAGCGGCGAAGCAGUCAGGGGAAGGGGCACCAGAAGCAAAACAGCAGCCAGAGGUUGGCGAUGAGAAGAUGGAGAAGACGGCCGGGAGGGAGGAGAUGAAGAAGAAGAGGGAUCACCAGAAGGAUCCCCCGAUCGUCGUGCAUCAAUUCCCCUUCCAUUCCCGCCCCGGGUUGCUCUGAUUGGUUGGUUCUCCUGUAUGUUGGGUCUCUUUUCUGUUUUCUUUUGACCAGACCUGCUACUUUUGGUCAUCUACAUCACAAUGUAAUUAUUUGGUUCUUUGGUCUCGUGUGUCAGUUGUGACCGUCAAAAACUCAAUAUACAUAUACACCAAGCUCAACCUUCCAAA